CGCUCCCUGACGGCCUCCGACAGCCCGACGACCCGGCCAGACACACGGAGCAGCCCACCAGCGAACAUGAAGCACAACAGUUUGUCUCGUAUUUUUGUCAUUAUCUUGUGUGCGGUGGUUUUUGUCGCGGUUUUAGUCGUUAACGCGUUGGCCGGAGCAGGACGAGGUCCUUUCCGCUCCAGUACAGGCAACGUGUCGGGCCACUAUGAGACGGGCAUCACUCCAGCCGGCUGGACCUUCUCUAUCUGGGGCGUUAUCUACACCUGGCUCACCCUGAUGGUCGUUUACAUCACUUCAUACAUAUGCAGAGGAUCCUGGGCUCAGUGUCUGCUGCCGUACGCCUUCUAUUUCUGCUGGCUGUCCAACAUGGUGAUGAACGUGGCCUGGCUCCUGGUGUGGGACAGAGAGUUGAUGCUGGCCGCUCUGGUUCUGUUAAUCCUGAUAGCGUUCUCCAACUACAGCGCCCUGUUCUUCGUUUGCUAUGCCACAGAUUACUAUGGACUGUGGCUGCAGACGUACCAUCGCAGAGACCUGGCCUGUCUCAGAAUCCUGGUCCAGAACGGUUUGGCCGUCUACACCACAUGGACCUCCAUCGCCUCUCUGAUCAACUUCUCUCUGGUUCUCCAUCUGUGGGGCGUCAAUAAGAGCACAGCAGCCACCGCCUCUCUGUGCAUCCUGUUUCUGGAGGUGGUGGUUUGGUUCAUCCUGGAGAACUGGCUGCUGGACCGCUGGGUUCGCUACAUCCUGACCGUCUACCCAGUGGUGAUCGUGGCUCUGGUUGGAAACGUCUACAAGCAUUUCAACCUGGAUGAUCCCACUCCAAACUCAGUGUUCAUGGUGGUGCUGCUGGUGUUGUCCUGCAUCCUCUUCAUCUCUAGAUUCUUCACGGUCCUCUGGAGGAACAGGUGGCGGCCUCUCUACUCUCCCGGCUCGGCUCGACUCAUGGUGUCACCCCUCGACGGCAAAAAGUUCAGAGUCCUUUCCUAAGUUGAUUCUGUAAAGUCUGAGCCCAGACUCACUCUGAUUUAUGCGUUCACACGAGCCUCUGCAGUGUUGGAAGGCAAAUGUCAGUUUUAAAAUGAGGCCUGCAGACAGACACAUAAACAACUGGAAUAGGAGCUGUGUUACUUUAUGUGGAGGAAAACUAGAGUCUGCGAUGGGAAGGCAGGAAAAUGUUUCCUCAUCUUUUCUCCAACAACAUUACAACAAUACUCUCUCAUCUGAAACACUUUUUUUGAAGUACUCAUGAACUAUUACAGACCAGCAGUUAACUGCUGCAUAUACAACAUUAAUACAGUCUGUUUUU